AAGGCUUUGUGUGAAUUUCUGAAAUUCAUUACAAAUGAUUGUUCGGUUAUGAAACAGGCCAUUCUCUAAACAAUGACUAUUUAUUGUCUAGUUAUUGUAGCAUACAGUUAUGAAACUUUGCGCCUUCGGGCCUUCCUUGUCCGCUCAUAUCACAAGGUCAAAGUCACCACAUCUUCUUUUACGGUCUGCAUAAAAGAGGCUUGUCUUCUCAGUCGUCCCUCGAUUCUUACAAUGCCAUUAAGAUAUAAAAACUCCACAUUGCGCCAUGAUCAGCGUCUCCACAAAAGAAUUCAGACAACCGAAUAAUCAGCAAAACAAAUUAUCAAACAAUCAUGAAGACUAACUUCGCAUCCACUCUGGCUUUCAUGCCACUUCUCGCUAUCGUCUCCGCAUUUGAGGUUAGCGAUGUCUAUAAGACGGACAUCGGCAACUGCUAUUGCAACAACAUUCACCUAACCGGGAACCAUCUCCUCCAUGCUAACUGCAUGAGGCCGGGAUAUGGGACGCGUAUGGAUUAUAGCCUCGAUCUCAACAAGUGCUUCGCGAACUAUCUGGGCACUUUGAACUACAUUCCGAACGGCAACGGCGAUUUUGGUGGAUCAUGCGGCCCUUGCAACAUGAACGGCACAAAGCUUAACUGCGAGUGCUCGAUCGGUAAAGGCCGUGGUACAAGGCACAACGAGGUCGAACUCAACGAUUGGAACGUCAUCCAGAUACAGGAUGACAAAUUUGCCUGUGCCAGCACUGCAGGCAUCGAGAAAAGGGCAGUUAACAAGGAAGCACGGUUCUUCCUCGCGUAAGCUGUGCCAGUUUUUCUACUUUCACUUCUAGUUAUAUUAGUUCGGGAUAUUAGUUCAGGAUGAAUGAAACUCAAUGCUAAGGCUGGUACAUGUAUGAUGUACCACAAGAGCUAUUCAUAUUAGAUAUGAUUCUUUCUUCUAGGUAGGCUGAACCGCGGUGCCACAUAGAACAGCAAAUAAUACGUCGUUCGCAUAUCACGCACGCUUAUGGCGGAUCGGUGAAGGGAUCCCCUCCACCGUCCGCGCCGCGCCGCACAGUUGUAGCUCUAUGGUUGGAAGUGGACCCGAUAUUUUGCAAAUGUACUCACCCUCUCAGUAGUCAUAGGUAAUAUUUUCCGAUCAGAUUAUCUAUGUGUAAAGGAUUAUACAGCUGCUUGAAAUUGCCGCGUAAGUUGGGAGUUGGUUACUUAGGUAGGUACCCAUCUCCUAUCCCCGGUCCAAACAGCUUGUCUAAAGGUAGGUAA